ACAAGAACUUGUUUUUAAAUUGCGUUAUUUGCAGGUUUAAUUAAGAAUGCUCGUACACAGAUAGAGUUGAAAAUGCAGUGUUUACUAUUUAUUGUCUUAUUUGCUCUUGGUGUACACACUACUUAUGGCGUGGAGCUUACUUACGAACUCGAAGACAAUUCGAAACAAUGUUUCUUUCAGGACAUAACCAAAGACACUAGAGCAACGAUGGAGUACCAGGUUAUAAGUGGUGGGAGGUACGAUGUGGAUUGCACCAUUGAAGACCCUGAUGGUUUGAAGUUAUAUUCGGAGAAACGAAAACAAUAUGAUUCUUACGCGUGGGAUGCACAGAAGACUGGUGCAUACCAGAUUUGCUUCAGCAACGAGUUUUCAACCAUCACCCACAAAGUAAUUUACUUUUCCAUGAUAGUUGGUGAUGAGAAACCACUUGUUGAUACCAUGGACAGAGCAACUGCAUUAAACCAGAUGGAGACAUCGUGUGUUACAAUACACGAAGGGAUGAAGAACGUAAUUGCCUCGCAAACUCAUUUCCGAUUACGUGAAUCUCUUGGUCGAGUAUUCGCCGAAGGAAUUAACACAAGGGUGCAGAUUUGGUCUGCAAUUCAAGUCACCAUCAUGAUCAUUGUAAUGGUUGGCCAAGUAUUUGUGUUAAGAGGACUCUUUAAUACCAAGAAACCAUUCACAAGAACAGACACAUAGCAUUGCCCUGCACACUAAUAAAGCUAGAUAUAAAUUGUAGCAACACAUAAUGGUGAAGCAUCACAAGUGUUAGACCAUAAACUAUUUUAAAUUUUCCACACAUCUCAAUUCUGUUUAUUUUUAUUGCAAAUUCCCUGUAAAAUCUUGAAAACGUAACUAGAAAUGUGUUUUACUUUAUUCCCGGUUGUUUAUUCUAUUUAUUUCCACUUUUGUUGUGCCUAUUAUAGUCGUAGCUAGGGGUGUUAUGAAAUAUAGGUACCCUGUUUGUCACACUUUACUGAAAAGUUUUAUUCCCACCAUAUAUUACCCAGAGUUAGUUUGACAAAAGAUUUUGUGUCUCUAACAUUCACAAGCACUUUGGCACCUACCGACAAAGUUUUUAACAUUUUUUGUGGAGAAUCAUGAAGCAAGUUGAAUGUUGAAAAGGUUGCAAUUUUAUGUUGUAAUAAAAAUGAGUCCUGUGUUAUCUAGACGCUUACAAUCAUAUUUUUGACAAAAAAAUUCUAAACUUUUUCGGUUUUGAAAAGUAUUUCAGUUUUGAAAAGGGAUUUUCUGUUCUGAUAAGUAAGUAAAAUGUUUGUGUUUGUUCAUUAAAUACUAAACAGAUGGUCGUUUUA